AUGCAGGGGUUCGAUGGCUACUUCAUCCUUUCGUUUUUAAACCAAAAUGGAAUCUCUCCAACAGUUAUAAUGAAUGGGGCAAAGAUCAUGUCUAUGCACGUGAAAGAGAGAGACAUMAAGUUCUUGGACAGCAUGGCAUUCUUACCCAUGAGACUUGCAGCCCUGCCCAAGACAUUUGGGUUGAACRAAUUGAAGAAAGGCUAUUUCCCCCACAAAYUUAAUACUUCUGCCAAUCAGAAUUACAGCGGUCCUCUCCCUGAUGCCGAAUUCUACGAUCCCGAUGGUAUGCCUCCACCUGAUCGUUCAGCAUUUUAUAAUUGGUAUGAUUCGUUGAAAGCCCAAGACWACGUCUUUGACAUGGAAGAGGAAAUCUUAGCGUACUGUCGCUCUGAUGUGGAUAUUCUCCGACGAUCGUGUCUUGAAUUCCAGCGAUUGUUUAAGGAGACGAGUGAUGUGGACCCUUUUGCUAACUGUAUCACCAUUGCUUCUGUGUGUAACUUGGUGUACAGAAAACACUUCCUUCAACCAGAAACGAUCGCUGUCAUUCCACCGCACGGCUACAGAGCUCAGGAUAAACAAUCCAUUCAAGCAUUAAGAUGGCUGACUUACCUGGCAGAAAGGGAUAACAUUUACAUCCGACAUGCAGGAAACCCUGGGGAACAACGAAUUGGAAGUUUCAGAGUCGACGGGUUUCAUUCAGAGUCCAACACCGUGUGGGAAUAUCACGGUUGCUUUUGGCAUGGCUGCCCCACUUGUUUUGGUAGAAAAACAAGAAAUCCCAUUGCUGACUGUACGAUGCAGGCUUUSUACGAAAGGACCUUGUCACGCAAGCAGCACUUGAUUGAUCAAGGGUUCGAUGUUGUUCUCAGCACCAUUAAGGCAUGGCUCUUUUGA